AAACAGAGAAUAUUAGUUAUGUCUAAAAUCUAACAAAUCCUUCAAUUUCAACAACCCCAUUCAUUUAGGCACACAAAAAUGACCGUAUAUAUAAAGUUGUUCACCAUUUUCCCAGAAAUGUCUCUCAGGUCUCCCAUGGCUCGCCAACUUUACUCAACAUCACCAAGUUCAACACCACUCAACGCCUCUCAAGCAGGCCUGGCUGCAGUUACCCUUCUUCUAUGCGCUUUUGCAUUAAUCAAGUGUGCUUCCCACACGCGCAAACUGCGCCGUCAAUGGAGAGCCUGCUAUGAAUUUUUCGACGAGGAUUAUAUCGAUCCUGUCAUAGAAAUACAGCAUGAAGCUACAAAUGCCGAAAUCAGUGACUACCAAGCAGACGAUGUUGCGGACACAAGCAUGUUCAGCCGUGAACAACCAGUUUGGCAGAAGAACAUUCUCAUGGGAGAGAAGUGUCAGCUACCUGAUUUUUCUGGGGUCAUAAUAUAUGAUUCUGAAGGCAAUGUUGUUACCUCUUCCAAAAGUCGUCUACUCACAUGGAAGUAAACGAGUUUGACGUCCAUUACCACAAUUUAUGUAUCCUUGUUUGUGUUGUGCUUUGUGUAAUAUUUUAAUUACAUUUUCCAUGCCACAUACUCCCAGCCUGUCAACAUAAUUGAUAGAAAAUGUUCAAAAUAUCAGAAUAUCCUUUAAAAACAAA